AUACUGGAGACUGGCCCACCGCGCCAAAUGCCGUCAGCGCCGCCAAUCCAUCUGCCGCCGCAGCUUCGCCACCCACUCGGCGGCCUUUGCUGGCCCAAUAUCUGCACCUACAAAUCCGCAUCCCCUGCCUAUUGGGCCACAUUGCAUCCCCUUUUCGAUGCACAGUGAGAUGGCAUCGAAUUUUCACAGCUGAAGAGGACAACUGGCGACAUCCCUUCUGGUGUUCGAAAACUUGCUGGCGGCGGCCGUUGGUUGGGAAAAUAAAGAGAGCGCAGUAACGGUUCUACUCUGGUGACGACAAGAUGAGGAAGACGCUUAUUUUGUGCUUUAUCCAUGGCUUCAAGGGAGGCGAGUCGACGUUUGGCAACGACUACUCGUUUGUCGAGGACCUGCGCACUGCCGUGGCGCAAGAGCUGCCCGGCUUCAGCAUCAAGGUGCUGGUGUAUCCCAAGUAUGACACGAGGGGAGACCUGGGAGAGGCCGUGAGCAAAUUCCGCAGCUGGCUGGAAAACAAAAUCAUCGACUAUGAAGUGGCCAAGGGAACGGCCUCGCCAACCGUCGAGCCAUCCGUCCGCACCAUCCUGAUUGGCCAUUCCAUGGGCGGCAUCGUCGCCGCAGAGACCGUCAUGGGCCUGGCUUCGGAGCGGCCCAUCUACACGGAGGACGGCAUCGACAAGUCCGGGGGCCGUCCAAACUUCAACAGCCUCAUGUUCCCUCGCAUCCAGGGCGUCUUGGCCUUUGACACGCCGUACCUGGGCAUUGCCCCCAGCGUGGUUGCGUACGGCGCCGAGGGGCAUUACCAGACGGCGCAGUCGGCUCUGGCGCAGCUGGGCUCGGUGUGGAAGAUGGUUGGCGGUGGUGGUGGCGGUGACGCUGCUGCUUCUUCUUCUUCUGCCCUCACGACGACUACGGCCGCCAAGAACGAGAGCAGCGGCGGAUGGGGAUGGGGAAAGAUUGCCAUGUACGGAGCUGCGGCCAGUGCCGUCGCUGCGGGCGGCGCUGCGGCGUGGAUGAACCGCGAGCACAUCUCGACUGGGUGGUCGUGGGUGUCGUCGCACCUCGAGUUCGUGGGCUGUCUGGCCCGGCCGGAGGCUCUCAAGCAGCGCGUGUCGUACAUGGUGAGGCUGAGCUCGGAGCUCAACAUUGGCUAUGCGAAUGUGUAUACGCGGCUGGGCAAGGCUGCCGAGAGCAAGGAGGUCAGCAUGGUUGGCACGGUGCUGGGCAAGGACAGGACGUUUUGCGUGGUGCCGAGCAAGCAGCCGUCUGGGAAGUGGAUAGACAAUGUCAAUGAUACGGCCAAGGAUGAGGUGACGGCACAUAUAACCAUGUUUGAGCCGCAGAAUAACCCGGCCUACGAGAAGCUGCUGCAGGACUCCAAGAACCUGAUUGCCAUGUGGGUGCAAAGGGAUUGGGCUGAAGGCAGCCAUGAGCCGCGGUCGAGGUCUCAACAGCAGCAGCAGCAGCAGCAGCAGCAGCUCCGGCGGCUGAGAUGACGAAGAUGGUGAUGCUGCCAUAGACAUGCAGUUUAAAGGGAUACAUGACAAAUGGAUAUAGGUGUUUGACUUGCUUAGGGGACAGGAGAAGGCGAUUGAUUUUGUGUGUAUUUUCUACAAUUAGCAUUACUACUGUCUGUACCUAUGCACACUCCGU